CGAUUGACGUGUUUUGUCAGAUUUACCUAAUAUGGAUAAGUGAAACAUUAAUGACAGUAUAAUGUGACCUUUGUUAUCUGUUUGUCAAAAAAAAAUGUAAUCUGGCAAAUUCUUAAUCGUUCACUGUGCCAUCAGAAGUCACUACAAUCACGGUCGUUGGCCAUCCUCAACCGGUCUACUGCGGGUGGACAGGCGUCGUUUAGCAACCAUUUGAUAGUCUACGUAGCACCUGUAAUAUUUAGAAUUGUUGCAAUGAGAGCACACGUGUUCGUGUGUUUAGUAAGUUUUAUCUUCGCGGCCGUAGCCAAAGACCCAUCCCUGGAAGAUGAGGAAAUACGCGCAAGAGCAUACGUAAAGUUACUGAAUGACAAAAUAGCUCUUAGAAAUAAUCGAGAAACAUUAGCUGCUUGGAAAUAUGCUUCAAACAUUACAGAAGAAAACUUAAAAGAGCAGCUUGAUGUGAGCAAAGAGUCUGCAAAAGAAACAAAAGAAGACUGGUUAGAAACAAUCAAAUUUAAUUGGAGAUCGUUCGGCGAUUAUGAUCUACGGCGGCAAUUUGAAAAAUUAUCCAUAUUGGGUAAAUCCGCCUUACCGGAAGAGAAGUUUUUGAAAUUGGAGAAAAUUAUUAGUGACAUGCAAACUAUUUAUUCCACCGCUAAGAUUUGCGAUCAUAAAAAUAAAACUAAGUGCGAUUUGGUCCUGGACCCUGAAAUAACUGAUAUAUUAGCAAAUUCACGUGAUCCCGAAGAGCUGAAGCAUGUCUGGGUGGAAUGGAGGCACAAAAAUGCGCCGGCGAAAGAAUUAUUUAGGGAUUAUGUUAAGUAUGCCAAUGAAGCCGCAGUCUUAAACAAUUUCACAAGUAAUACCGGAUUUUGGUUAUAUGAUUAUGAAUCCCCAACUUUCGUUCAAGACGUAGAAAGUAUUUGGGAACAACUCAAACCAAUUUACACUCAAUUACACGCGUACAUAAGGACAAAAUUAAGACAACGAUACGGGGAUAUUGUUUCCGAGAAGGGUCCUAUACCGGCACAUCUUCUAGGCAAUAUGUGGGCUCAAAGUUGGUCAAAUAUUGCUGACUUUACUCUUCCACAUCCGUCAGCAAAAAGGGCCGAUAUUACAUCAGAAUUGCUUAAUCAAGGGUAUGACGCCUUAAAAAUGUUUAAAACGGCGGAAGAAUUCUUUGUUUCUUUAAAUCUGAAGAAAAUGACCCCGGAAUUUUGGGAACGAUCAAUAUUGGUUAAACCAAAUGAUGGUCGAGAACUAGUUUGCCAUGCAUCGGCUUGGGACUUCUUUGACAAAAAAGAUUUCCGGAUUAAGCAAUGUACAAGUGUCAACUUUGAAGAUUUCACUACAGCUCAUCAUGAAAUGGGACACAUUCAGUACUAUCUGCAGUACAGCGACCAGCCAGUUGUUUAUAGACAGGGAGCAAACGAUGGAUUCCACGAAGCCGUGGGAGAUGUAAUGUCGCUGUCGGUCUCAUCCACAAAACACUUAAAAAGAAUUGGACUCAUAGACGCGAACACACCUGAUAAUGAUGCUGUUGAUUUGAAUGCUUUAUUUAUGAUUGGCCUUGACAAAAUCGCUUUUCUACCAUUUGGAUAUCUUAUGGAUAAAUGGAGAUGGGGCAUAUUUGAUGGCAAUAUCACUGCAGAGGACUAUAAUUGUAAAUGGUGGGAAUACCGCACAUCGAUACAAGGAGUAGAGCCACCGGUGGACAGAAGCGAAGAUGACUUUGACGCAGCUGCAAAAUAUCACAUAGUAGCUGACGUUCCUUAUUUGAGAUAUUUCGUAAGUUUCGUAAUACAGUUCCAGUUUCACAGAGCAGCAUGUGAAUUGGCAGGUGAAUAUGAUCCUGAAGAUCCUACUAAACCUCUACACAAGUGCGAUAUUUACCACAGCACUAAAGCGGGCGAAAGCAUAGCUAAAAUGCUGCAAAUGGGAUCCUCUCGUCCUUGGCCUGAUGCUAUGGAAGUUCUUACUGGUCAACGUAAAAUGGAUGCGAGUGGUUUAUUGGAAUAUUUCAGACCCCUGCAUAAGUGGUUAGAAGCAGAAAAUAAGAAGAACGGCGCAUACAUUGGAUGGGAAUCAACCCAGAAAAAGUGCACAAAGAGGCAGUGAAGAUUAAUGACAUAGUUAUAGCAGCUUCAAUUAAUGGUUUCAGACAUACCUUAAUACGCAUAGUUUCAUCUUCACAAUAUGUGAUACUCGAGUUAUCAAAUUUUUAAUAAAGAUUUACCUUAUGGUCGA